UGAUCUGGAGUGAACUGAUUUGCUGGAUUCUGGAAAGCUCGCAGGCUGACAGGGCUCCCAGCCCUUGGCUGCUUCGGUUCUGAGGAUACCCAAGGAACUGUUUGUUCCUGAAGUCAUCCCCCCCAUCUCCUUCCUGCACCCCUUUGCCGCCAGGAGUUUAAUUACAGGCUUGAGAAGAAGGAAGGAAGAAAAAUCUCUUUGAAGGCUACGAUGCUUUGAAAACUGUGUUGGCAGUGUGUCAUGACUGUUUCAAGCAGAUGAAGGCUUGUCACUUUCACCUUCUCUGACAUGAAUGUGCAGGUGGUAAUGAGGGCGGAUGAAUCGGCAAGUUCAGGUGCAGGUUGUUUGAGGGAGGGAGUGCUCCUGAAGGCUGCUGGGCCCAGUCCAGCCCAGUUUAGCCCAGCCUGGCCCAGCCACAAGGAGCUAGCCAGACUUGCCUACAGGCAGAUGGCUGGCUGAAGUCACGGGCCUCCUGACUCAGCUGCCUGGUACCAUCAGCCCCCUUGUCCUUGACAUCAAGCCGACGAAGUGUGCUGUGUCUGGCGAGAGAGGGAGAUGCUAUUCCUGGAAAUGAAAGUAUAUCAUUUAGAGAAAGAACCGGAAAGUAGGAGCCAGAUAGGAAGGAAGAAGGAUGCUGGAGGAGAGGAGCAGAAGCGCAGGAGCCAGGUAGGUAGGAAGCAGGAGAAAGAUGCUGGAGGAGAGGAGCGGAAGCUCAGGAGCCAGGUAGGAAGGAAGCAGGAGAAGGAUGCUGGGGGAGAGGAGCGGAAGCGCAGGAGCCAGGUAGGAAGGAAGCAGGAGAAAGAUGCUGGGGGAGAGGAGCGGAAGCGCAGGAGCCAGGUAGGAAGGAAGCAGGAGGAGGAUGCUGGGGGAGAGGAGCGGAAGCGCAGGAGCCAGGUAGGAAGGAAGCAGGAGGAGAAGGAUGCUGGGGGAGAGGAGCAGAAACACAGGAGCCAGGUAGGAAGGAAGCAGGAGAAGGAUGCUGGGGGAGAGGAGCGGAAGUGCAGGAGCCAGGUAGGAAGGAAGCAGGAGGAGGAUGCUGGGGGAGAGGAGUGAAGCACAGGAGACAGGUCCAUAUUAUCAGCCUUGGAAAAUGUUAGGCUCUGGGUGGGGUCCAGGGGAGGCCGGGUGGCCAGAGGGGCGAUGCUGGUGCUUCCUGAGCCUCCAGGGCCUGUGAGCUCACAAUGGCCGCCUUUGGAGUAGCCUUUCCUCUCCUGUGCUGCCCAGUUUGAUGUCAUCUCAGCUGGAUUCAAAGUUAGGGUGGAUGGGGGCCCUGGGCCUGGAGGGUGACCUAGGGACUGCCACUGGACGAUCAGACAGGGAGGUGCCCGCUGCCAGCCUCCACAACAGGCCCCUAUCCUGAUCUGGUCUCCAGAAUGUCCAGAAGUCCAAGAGGGUCAUCACGGGCCAGUCUGCAGGAACAGUGACAACACCUACUUGUUUCCCGGACCAGGCAAAGGAGGUCUCAUUGCUCACGCUUCACCCAUCAAACCCAGCCAGGUGGCAUCGGGACGUAGAGAAGGUUGGAAGACAGACAGGUGGACAGGAAGAGGAAUGAGUGGAGAGCGUUGUAGCCGUGAAGCUAGAUUCUGCUUCACCUUCUGAAGGCUCAAGUUAAAGAUGAACUUGGACCCAAUGCCUGCAUCAUUAAUGUUGGUGAGGAAAAGAGAAAACAAAUGGUCUUGUUUUAGCUCAGCUGAUGCGAGUUGAUAAUGGCACAUUUUCACACGUGUACGAUAAUUAUAGCGUGCCUGGCCAUGCUGGGAGUCGAGGAAAGGAGGAAACAUCAGUGGAAGAAAAGCAAAGCAUCGUUUACUGGGAAAGAGAGUCAGGCCUGUGCGGCCUGCUGGUCACAGGAAAAGCAUUCAGGAGGAAGGAGCCUGUGUGGGUUUGGAGGACGCCUUCCCAGUGGCCCGGUACUGCUGCCCUGCUCCAGAGAAGCCCAUUGAGUCUCCCAGGGGACGUAGAAGUGUGACCUGGGAGGGACGAGAGCGGCUGAAGCCUGUCCAAGGGAGAGCUCCCCCCCCCACCCCCAAAUUAGAGACGUUAUAAGGCCAAGCACAUUUGGCCCUGACAUUUUGGAACUCUGGUUAAGAAUUAACCCAGAAACUUCAAAAGUCAAAACCUCGCAGGGAUGGUCCUGGGAGCCAGAUUGGUGUGCACAGAAGAUGAACUACUCUAAACUGUCACUCAGCUGAGCUGUCAUUUCCCCCGAGACAGGGCACCCACACUGCCGAUUACUGUUUUGCCUUUUCUUUCUCUUUAGUUUUUUUUUUUUUUUUAAAUCAGCGUCCACACCCUACUAAAAAUUGAGUUUUAGAGCUUUCCCUUUAUGUGAUUGACCAAGAGGCUUCUUUUGUAUGCUUUUCUUACCCUAUUCUGUAAUAAAAGCGCCGA